UUCGUUAUCAAAUCGUCAGUAGUUUAUAAACUGGUUUUUAUCGGAUGUUUAAUGUUAAUUUUUUAAUCAUGAUACUGAGUUAAUGUCGGCUUCACCUAUAUAGUUACAAUCGGCACGAUGAGCGUAUCGAACGAAUUUGCAAAAAGGUGAAAAGGAGUGGCGACGAUGAAAUUACAAACAUACGAUCGUUAUAAUAAAAGGAUAUGAAACGUUGAAAAUAUGGCAACUGCACAAGGUACACCCGAAUCGGAUACAGGGAGCUUCGAAUGCUUCCAAAAUUAUACAGCUCCAGAGGUAUUUAUACAAGGCUUGGCUGGGAUCGUCGAUCAACAGGAUGUAGAAUCUAUGAUAAGAGCCCAGAAGCAAAUGCUACAGAGAUUUGAAAAAACCAACGAGAUGUUAACAAACUGCAAUCAGCUAUCCAUAAAUAGAUUAAAGACUGGUGGUAAUGAGUUCAAAAAACAUACAGCACUUUUGGUGGAAAUGAAAAAGGAUUUGGAUUAUAUUUUUAAAAGAAUUCGUAUUGUAAAAACCAAAUUGAGCCAACAAUAUCCUCAAGCAUUCAAUGAGGCGGUCAGAAGCAGUUUGGCAGAAGAAGUAAUUGUCGAGGAUGUAGACUGCCCUGUAAAACCACUAGAACCUGAAGUUGUACCAUUACCAAGCACACCGCAAAAUAUUACGGAUCGAGAUCCAGAUUCUGAUGUGCCGGUCGAGGAGUUUCAGUUCGCAAAGCUGCGGAAGCGACGAAUAAAGAGCAACGAUAGUUCGUCGACGGAGAGCAACAGCGAUCACAGUAACGCCGACACUUCGUCCCGCACAUCCGACACUGGUUAAAGUACUCGAUCCAGAGAUGUACAGGGAAUAAAAGAGAAACAAAACAAUUUAACGAAAUGACCGAUCAACGAAGAGAAAGUGUUGUCCGAAGAAAGUUAAAUACAUUUACGCGUUAAUAUUACCGCGAAUAUCGUUAACCGACAAUAACAAUGUUCCUCGGUCAAUGGGAAACGAACGACCAGUGUCCAGAAUAUUACGAUUGUUCGGCGUGAAAAAGUAAAAACCUAUUCUCGUAAUCGUAUCAUUGUAAAUCGCUAAAAGCCUGUGAAUUCUGUCAAUGUCGAAUAACGAAUAAAGCACUUGUUUAUACUA